CGCGACGACGACGAGCAAGCACUUCAUAAUCGUCUUCUUCUCGUCGUGUCGUUCACUGACUGCUCUGCGUGCAGAACGAAGAAAAAUCUGUCUGCUAACACUAGGAAUUUUCUGAUGAACUUUUCGACAACUUUUCUCGUUUCGGAACGAUUGAAAAAUGCCCGUAUGCAUAGCGCUAGUCGCGAGCGUUCGUUUGAAUGUAAAAUUGGCCGGCUAGUGCCCCGAUCCAGCGGGUAAAAUCCGGAUCGAAUAAUUUCCGCGAGGAAGAAGAGUGGUGGAAAUUUUUUCGUGGUUCGUCAAAUCGAGUCAGAGCGAGAGAGGAACCAUCACGGGAACACACCGCGACUGGAAGACAUUUCGGACCCGAAGGCAAGUGGUGUGUGUUUUGUUACGUUACAUUUCGGUGGGACACUGCCGGAGGAACCCUUGCGCCGGAAGUUACUCUCGUGAAGUGACCAGAAAAGUGGAACAAGAAGGAAGUGCUAGUGAAGUGAAGGAAAGUGAGUGCGAUCUCCCUCAUCCGGAAAGUGGAACGCAUCGAAGGAAGCUUUGCGUCGUUUCUUCGUUUCGGGAGGCGUAGCGCCUACUAUUUAGUGUGUAUCAGUUUGGGUACUGCAACAGGGGAACGUCACUUUCGCGCUGUCACCCGGGGCAACAAAUGUUUCGGCGGCGAAAUCGGUUCCGGGACGGAGAAAUUGGAUACACUAGCUGAAUCCGUACCGUAUGUGACUAACCCAGUCAGUGAUGUUAAUGCUGUACACCUACUACAGACUGCACAUCAUUACGUCAACGAGGAAGUUCACAAAUAUUCACUACUAGUGUCAAGUGAUAACCAAUAGAAGAGAAGGCUAAAUCCACACAUACCGACACAUAGCCUCGUCCUAUGCGAAGCAUAGAGCCGAAGAAGAGUUUACUGAUAUUAAAUAUUCAGUAACUAAUCACUCAGAGUGUAGCUUGAAUCAAUUUCAACGAAGUGUAAUCUAAUUACCAAAGUAGUUUAGUGCAACAUUACCGAAUAGGAGAGUAGAAGAAGCAUUAUUGCAUUUUCUUGUAACACAAGUCACUUUGAGCAGAUCCGAUCCGGAUAUCGGAAGAGACGGCUCGAGAUCAACGGAACUAGUCUUUGUUUUUUCAUUAUUGAAUUGAGUUGAUUAGGGAAAAAGGAAGUGGCAAAGAAGCAUGGAUCGCGAUAGGGAACGAGAGCGCGAUCGGGAUCGCGAGCGCAGUCCAAAGCGAUCCAAACAUGCAAAGAAGCGUUCCAAAAAGGGCAAAAAAUCCAAAAAGAGGAGACACGCGUCCAGCGACGAAGAUCAGUCUUCCUCGGACGAACGGCACAGCAAAGUCCAUCGCAAGAGUGGCGAAAGCAGUGGCCGUAGUAGUACUACCGGAAAUGGAGGCGGCGGCCACGGAUCAUCUAAGGGGGGAGUGGUCGAGUAUUCGGAUGUAAGUUCGGAUGAUUUCUCUGCACCGGAAGCGGGCGAGAUUGAAACCGACGGCAGUGUCUCACCCUUCGCCGGCGCGGCCGGAAAUGAGUCUAGCAGCAAUUUUAGUAGGACGAUCAGUAACAACGAAAAAAGCGCUGCAACGACAGUUCAAUUGUACAGUAAAAAUUCUACUCAAAUUCAGCACGACCGCCUGAUGACGAUAGGUGCGGCUUCGUCCUUUCCUAGUUCAGCUUCGUCCUCGUCGGCACUAGCAGCAGCGACAUCCGCCGCGGCACCGCCGGCCAACGUAACAAAUGAAAACCGCGUCGAGGUAACCAGCACGACACCAGUGCCGAUUCCUUCUUUGGCCGAACUUAUAUCGCAAGGAGGUACUCCUGCCGGUUCCGUUACCGUGACGGAGGGUGGGCGAAGGGUCAGCAUCACUGCCACGUCGCCUGUUAGCCAAUCGCCGCAUUCACUUUCUUCCCGAUCGAAACGUAAAAACUCAAUAUCAUCCGAUACUUCCUCUAUGAAACAGGCCUCCAAGCACCAGCAUCAUCUUGAACCUCCGGCCUCGCCGACGGAAGAACCGGAACCGGAGGGAGAACUGAUGGACGAAGAGUUCGUUGAAGAGGAAGAAGAGUAUGAAAUCGUGGAAGAGGAGGAGGAAGAAGAAGAAGAGGAAGAAACCGUAGGUCGUAAGCGAAAAAAGAGCAAAAAAGACAAGAAACACAAGAAGAACAAAAAGUCCAAGAAGCGAAAGAAGAAACGGGCCAAGUCGAUAUCGAGCAUAGAGACCAUCUCGGAGAGUGAAAACUCGUUGCUCGAAUAUAUGGAAUCGCUUACGCCGCCUCUUCAAGGCACCCCCGAGUACGAGAAAACAUACACCCCGGUACGGAAUGAGGAAAGCCUAACACCACUCUCGCCAGCUACUCCCCCAAUCCGACCAUCGAGUCGGUUACUCAACAGCCCGUACCCCGAUUCGUCCCGUGGUCGGAGUCCCCGGGGGCCACCCUCAUCUCGGAAGAUGUAUCAAUCCACAUCGUCACCCCACACACCUCCGGUCGGUUCCAAAAAGGGAAGUUCUUCCUAUCAACAGCAGCCGCAGCAGCAGCAACCGUUGCCUCUUCAACAGCUUCAGCAUGUCAGCCCGGUCACGAUAAAUGACAGUCCCACGCCCCGUGGUAAUCGCUAUCGACGUACUCCCUCGCCCAACACCAGGCACGGUUCCAGCCGGGAUCUGCGGAAAAGUCCCAGUCCAAAUGGUCGACAUAAGCCUUAUACUCCGCCGCCAUCAAAGAGACGGAGGGAUCGAUCACCCCCGGAGAAGGAUUACUACCGGAAGGAUAAACGCUACAGGCCGCGGGAACCGGAAUGGGACCUGCACGAUCGAAGGGGCGAUCCUCCGCCUCCUAGGAGGUACACAAGGAGUCCCAGUCCAGUGUCUAGCCAUCGUCGGAGGCGUUCGCCGACACCAUCGAAGUCACGAUCUCGCAAGAACUACUACAGCCCUUCACCAGAUCGAAGUCGGAGUCGAGCUCGUUCGAGGCAUCGCUCCAGGAGUCCACGACGACCGUCGACUAAUCGACGAUAUUCGAGCAACAGUCGGUCAAGAUCUCCUCGAGAUAUUCCAACGGCUAAAAAGUUCGAUAUCAAGGAAAAAAUCACUGACACCAGUUUCUUUGCCGAACUGAUCAAAGACAAGCAUAAACGGUUGAAGACGUUGCAAGAGAUCUUGGAGAAAAAGGACGAGCAAGUAGGAGCAGCGAGUGCGACAAUGAUUAGCGAAAAUAGCAUGUCGAAUGAUUGUGUGAUAACCAAUGCCGAUGGCAGUAGUGUCGUAAUGAAUUCGAAUGGGCUCAAGGAUGUUAGUGUGACUGACAUUCCCAUGCCGGAUCAGUCUGAUAGUUCAACCCGAAUACCGGACAUCUCGUCGUCGAAAGACGCUGUAGACUCGUCAGCACCGAUGGGCGAUGGUGCAAGCACAGACUCACGAAUACCUGUGAUAUUGAAUAGUAAAAGCAGCGAAAGUCUCAAUCCAAGUGCCAGUCAGUCGAGUGAGUUUACAACAGCGGGAUUCACCACGAUCGUACCGCCGGGAGGAGUAGCAACAGAAUCAAAACCACAAACCACAGCAGUAAUGAGUAAACCAAAAAGUCUUACGAAUCUACCGAUGCCACCGGGAGUGAACGUGGCAGAACUGGAAGGUGCUCAAACGCCAAGUCCUCCACGACAAAUCAGCCCAGUGGCCGGUGCUCAGAUGAAGGUGAUGCCAAUUCCCACCCUCACCACAACCGGAGCAAUCACUACAUCAAGCCUCAACAGCAACAAUAGUCAUCAUCACCAUCAUCAUUCACACCGUCACAAGGGAAGCACUAGUAGUAGUAAGCGUAGCAGUAACGAACACAAACAACCUUCCUCAGCGAGUUCGUCAUCGGGGGCGCCCUCGUCCAGCUCGGGCAAGAAGGGAUUACUCAGCUUACCCUUGCCACCCAUGGUACCUGGUUCAGAGGAUCUGAGCGGCGACGAGGAUAUCGGUUCGCCACCUUCCCUCACGGGAACGCCCACUAAGAAAUCCAGCAGUAAAUACAGCAAAUCCAGCAGUGCCAGCAAGAAACCCAAAGGUCGCCCCAGGAUACUGAACAGGCGGCAUUCGCGCAAUAUGCUCGGGCCAAUGUCGGCGUCCGGUGGCAAGGACUGGGGCGAGCGGUGCGUCGAUGUGUUCGAUAUGAUCGAACAGAUCGGCGAAGGAACGUACGGUCAGGUCUACAAAGCUCGUGAUCAGGAAACCAACGAACUGGUGGCCCUGAAAAAGGUUCGCCUGGAGCAUGAGAAGGAAGGGUUCCCGAUCACGGCGGUACGCGAAAUCAAAAUCCUCCGGCAGUUGAACCACAAGAACAUCGUCAACUUGCGGGAAAUCGUCACCGACAAGCAGGACGCGCUCGAGUUCCGCAAGGACAAGGGCUCGUUCUAUCUGGUGUUCGAGUACAUGGAUCACGAUCUGAUGGGACUGCUCGAGUCCGGCAUGGUGGAUUUUAACGAGCAAAACAAUGCCGGCAUCAUGCGGCAGCUGCUCGACGGACUGAACUACUGCCACAAAAAGAACUUCCUGCACCGGGACAUCAAGUGUUCGAAUAUUUUGAUGAACAAUAAGGGCGAAGUAAAACUGGCGGAUUUUGGAUUAGCACGAUUAUACAAUGCUGACAAUCGAGAGCGACCGUACACCAACAAAGUGAUCACCCUCUGGUAUCGACCUCCGGAGCUGCUGCUGGGCGAGGAACGGUACGGUCCGGCAAUCGACGUGUGGAGCUGUGGCUGCAUCCUCGGGGAACUGUUCCUCAAGAAACCGCUCUUCCAAGCCAACCAAGAACCCGCACAGCUGGAAAUGAUUUCUCGGUUAUGCGGCACACCGACGCCCGCCGUUUGGCCAAACGUGAUCAAGCUGCCGCUGUUCCACACGCUGAAGGCCAAGAAACAGUACCGACGGAAGAUUCGGGAGGAUUUCGUCUUCUUGCCUGCGUCGUGUUUGGAGCUGUUGGACAAAAUGCUGGAGCUGGAUCCGGACAAGCGGAUAACGGCCGAAGCAGCGCUCAAUUCGGCGUGGCUCAAAAAUGUCGUGCCUGAUCAGCUACCACCACCAAAGUUGCCCACGUGGCAAGAUUGUCACGAACUUUGGAGCAAGAAACGACGAAGGCAGCUGCGAGAGCAACAGGAAUCCGCUGCCAAUCUCCCGCCCGGUAAGCCACCAAUGGUCAAAGCAGCCACCGUUGUUCCCUCUGCAGGUGCUAUCCGAGCGCCCGCCGCCGCUGGUGGCGGUUCCGAGUUAGGUUAGGCCAAAAAUAAUUUCAUGAAAGAGGAAUAGACGUGCGGUGAGUUUGUUAAUCAAUCGAAUCAACUGGCAAAGGGUCUUCUUAGCGCUGAUAGUGAAAGAAAAUGAGAGAGACAAUAAAGCGCCGCUGGCGGAUGGACAAUUGGCCCAGAAUAAGCCCAGAAGGUGGAAAGGUGGUGAUGUUGAUGGUGACGGCCCAUGCCUCCCCAAAAUGUAUAAUGUAAUUGUGACCGCGACGAGGCAGUGAAGCACGGCGGGGAAGCUGGUUCUUCCUUCCGUUUCGAAGGGUUCAAGUACCGGCUUCUUCUUCCUUGUUGUUGUUUAUUUUAGGAUUUUUUUCAGUUUUUUUCCGAGGGAGGGAAUGAACAAUAGACUUAAACAGUGGAAACUGUGUGCGUUUUUUUUCUAUUUUUAUGAAUGAUCGAAAGGAUGUGUGGAAUCUAAUAGAAAAUAUAGUGUAUAAAAGUAAAGUUAGUAGACAACACUGUACUAAAUUGUAAAUAUAAUUUUGUGCAAGUUAACCGAGACAUCGCUGUUUUAAUCUAUCAAUCCAAGUUUUAUCAUGCAUGUGCCUCAAUUAAUUUGCACAAAAUUGUACUUAUUAGCAUUUCGCUAAAUAGACAACAGAUAAGAUGUGAAAGAGAACUAUGAACAUAUGAGUUAAUGAGUUUAUGGAGAACAAACAAAAAUAUAUUGCAUAAAAAAGCUACCUAGGGUAAACAGACGUAUCCUUGUAAAUUUGUUAACGAUUGAUAAAUUAGCAUACAGAAAUAAACUAUUUUCAAUCAAUCUUUCUGUUAUCGAGGUAAUCACUCUGCAAAAUUUAGCGCUUAUCCAAUCAGCGAACCCCUGGAUUGUAAACAAAAUAUUGUUUUCAGUUUUGUUUUGUUAUAAGUUCCAAACCCCUCAUUCAGAAGAAGUGAAACCUUUGCCAUGGACGGAACACUCCCGGAACGGAUCCCAAGUCAAGCACGAGUCCCUCUAUUCGCAUUCGCAUUCGAGCUCAGCAAACCCAACUACCAAAAGCAAGUACAAAACCCAAUUCUCCCUGGUCAGUGUGCUCUACACGAGGCGGUGAAACGGCUCCCUCGUUUUUCUCCUGUACUGUGUUUCCCGUUUAGACGUAUAGGCGCUGACAGAAUGGGAUACUUAGUCCCUUCUUUUGUACUACAGAAACAAAGAAUAAAAAACUGAUAGGCUAUUACCAUGUGGACAGGCUGUUUGCGCUGUUAAACUACAAACAGAACCUCAUGAUGCGAAAAGAGCAAGUUGUUGGAUUUCAACAGGAAUCAUCCUAACAUGAAGUAUCAAACAGUCGAUAGGAUAUACCUAGCGCAAAAUGAAACAAAACAGGACCCUACAAUUCUACGUCUUAAAGGACUGCUACUACAAACAGGAGAGUGAUCAAAAGUGGAUGAGAACCAAUUUAUAAAUAAAUAAAGAAAAAAAAUGUGCAAAGACUA